AUGCCUGACUUGUACCAACUAUUUGCAGGCUUCGCUGGCCUCGUCACCAUCGCAUCCCUGUGGAAUCUAUGGGGUGGUGAAUUGUUCCCUGCCGAGCGAGAUCCUAAAGGCGGUCCGUUUGUUUACCCUUCAGUGUUCCAAGCACCCUAUGUACCUGGUCCAGUACAUGCCUACCUGAACUAG